AUGGUGACGACUGUGCUGUUGGCUGUCUUUGUAGCCGUCGUCCUCGCCGCGGUGGUGUACCGCCACUUCCUGCCGCUGCUCCGCAACCCCGACGCCCCAAGGGGCAGCUUCGGCUGGCCCCUCGUCGGUGAGACCAUCGGCUUCCUCCGCCCCCACGCCUCCAACACCACCGGCGACUUCUUGCACAGUCACAUCACCAGGUACGGCGCGGUGUUCAAGUCACACCUGUUCGGCGCGCCGACGGUGGUGUCGUGCGACGAGGAGCUCAACCACUUCGUGCUGCAGAACGAGGAGCGGCUGUUCCAGUGCAGCUACCCGGGCCCGAUCCGCGGCAUCCUGGGCGGGUCCUCCCUCCUGGUGGUCACGGGCGAGCGCCACCGCCGGAUCCGCGGCAUGGCGCUGGCCUUCGUCGCCUCCACGGGGCUGCGGCCCGCCUACCUCGCCGACGUCGACCGGGCCGCGCGCGCCGUCGUCGCGUCCUGGCGCGGCCGCUGCGCCGCUGCCUUCUGCGACGAGGCAAAACAGUUUGCAUUCGGCGCCAUCGUGGAGCAGGUGGUGGGCUUGUCCCCGGAGGCGCCGCUCAUCCGCAGGCUCCUCGAGCACUACUCCACCUUCAUGAAGGGGCUCGUCUCUCUCCCUCUCAACAUCCCAGGGACACCGUAUGCCAGAGCUGUAGAGGCGAGGAGGAAGAUAUCUCUCACUUUGGAAGAGAUUAUGGACGAGAGGUGGAAGGGCGAUGAUGGGUCAUUUAGGAAGUCUGCUUUCAUAGACGGGCUCAUCGCAAAUAGCGAGCUGUCCCACGAUGACAAGGUCACCUUCGUGCUGGACUCGCUUUUAGCAGGCUACGAGACCACCUCCGUCUUGCUGUCCAUGCUCGUGUAUUUCGUCGGGCAAUCUCCCCAGUGUCUGGAGCAACUGAAGGUAGAGCAUGAGAGCAUAAGGUCCAGCAAGGCAACAGAUGAGUUCUUGACCGCUGAGGAGUACAGGAAGAUGGAAUAUACCCAACGUGUUAUCAACGAGACGUUGAGAUGCGGUAACAUUGUCAAGUUUGUGCACCGGAAGGCCCUUAAGGAUGUCAGAUAUAAAGAGUAUGUGAUCCCAGCUGGCUGGAAAGUGCUGCCAAUUUUGGGCUCCGUUCAUCUGGACCCUGCGCUCUACAAGAACCCCCAAGAGUUUGAUCCUUGCAGAUGGGAGGGGCUGGACCAGACGUCGUCAGGCAAGAAGUUUGCGCCCUUCGGCGGCGGACUCCGGCUGUGCCCCGGCUCGGAGCUGGGCAAAGUGGAGGCUGCCUUCUUCCUGCACCACCUCGUGCUCCAGUACAGUUGGAGGUUGGACGGCGAGGACGUCCCGAUGGCGCACCCGUACGUGGAGUUCAACAAGGGCCUGCCCAUCGAGAUAUGGUGCCACCAGCAGUCUGAUACGGCCCCUUGGUUCGUCGGGCAGCUCUAG